UACCAUUCCCCACAUAAGCUGUGGUGUUCUUCCAUCCCUUUUUUCAUUAUCAUUUGUCCAUUGGCCCCUCUCAAAGUCGAUAGCCAUGGCCAAAGGACCCGUGUCUCGUCCAACAAAUAUCCCCGUUCUCCCACUACCCUACCCCCUCGUACUGUUGCCUGGAGCACGGUUGACGAUUCCUAUCUCUCAGGAUAUAGGCGAAGCCCUCCUUACUCUGUUGGAGAGAACGCAAAAUCUGCCUGUCGUUGCUGCCGUGCCUGCCGUUUCACCCAAUGAGAAGGAAAAUGACAGGACACCGCCAAAGUAUGCAACUGCCACUAGGAUAUUGAGGCUCGUACGACCAGCCCGGCAGAUGGCAGACGGGGACAAACCAGUGAUGUACCUUGCAUCGGUGCACGGGCUCACGAGAGUUAACCUCGAGGAACCUUAUGAUGCCAACAAAGCUCUGUCAUCGCCCCCUCAGAAUCGUCUAGAGAUGCGGAACGUUUCCUAUCCUUCACCCCACUCACUCGACCAAGAGCAAGACGUCAUAGCUUUGCGGGAUGGUAUCGUCAAGUUCAAGGCAUCUGCAUUGAAAGUCUUGGGACACUUGAUGCAGAAUAGCCAGCAUCAACAGGCGAAGAGGGAUGCCUACGCCAAGGUUGCAGCUAUGUUAGAAGAAUUACGGGCACCGUUGGUAGACGAAGAUACGGAGAAAAUGCGAGGAAGGAUCGACGAGAAUCAAGAAACUCUUGACAGAGCAGCAUGGAUGGCCGACUUACUUGUCGGUAGCGUGCUCCCUGUAGGAGGAAGCUCUGCAGAGAACGAGGAAUGGGGAGAUAAAUUUGCUUUACUACAGUCGCCGACUCCGCUUGCCAGAUUAAAUCUGUCGACCAAUAUUCUCAACAAACUUCAUACUAAACUCGAAGUCACCUCUCGGAUAGCACAUGCCGUCGACGAAUCGCUCAGCAAACAACAGAAGGAGUUUUUCCUCCGUCAACAAAUGAGAGCAAUCGAGAAGGAGCUUCGUGAUCUACAGCAACCAUCUCAGAAUCCUCAAUCGCAAGUAAAUUCCACCGACGCAAAUUCCAACCGUGGCAUCGAAUCUCAGAAGAACAGCGAGCUUGAUCUGGACCAAUCUCCUGAGGCUGAAGAUGCGGAACUCUCGGAAAUCAAAAGAAAGAUUGAGGCAAUGGAACCAGGUUCUGAAGAGCGGAAAGCCGGUGUACGUGAAUGGCGUAGAUAUCGCAGACUGACUGGAUCAGGAGGACCAGGAGGAGGAAUGAGUGUCGAGGGUAGCGUUAUUCGGGGUUGGCUUGAAUGGUUCACUGCUUUGCCCUGGGCGGGAUAUAUUCCUUCUCCGUCCCCUUCUACGAACUCGGAUGGUCAACUGAUCUCCACCCGGGGAUUCCUAGCAGCUGCUCGAGAACAGCUGGACAAAGACCAUUAUGGCUUGGACAAGAUCAAGAAGAGACUGAUUGAGUACCUAGCGGUGGUUAGGCUCAACGAAUUAGCUCGAGCGGCCGAAGAUGCAAGAGAGAGGGAACAGGAACUUUCAGCGUCUAUUCCCAAAAUCGAAGCACCCGAAGAGAAAAAAUCAACACCUGAGAACAUGCAGCUGGUACUCAGGAAACCCGAUAUGCCCCCGCCAGCGCCCUCUCAAGCACUGGGUCCGAAGAGAAAAAGAAGGGCAGGGGUAAAGGGUCCUAUUCUCUUGUUCAAUGGACCUCCUGGUACAGGCAAGACUUCACUCGGUCAGUCGAUCGCGCGCGCCCUGAACAAACCGUUCCAACGCAUCUCCCUCGGUGGCGUUCGAGAUGAAGGAGAAAUCCGUGGACAUCGGAGGACUUACGUGGCUAGUGGACCGGGUUUGAUUGUUCAGGCUCUGAGGAAAGCCGGUAGACCCGAUUUUGUUUGUCUACUAGACGAGAUAGACAAAGUUGGAGGUGGUGGGUAUGGUGGUGGCGUACACGGCGAUCCAUCUGCUGCAUUACUCGAGGUGCUUGAUCCAGAACAGAACUCGACAUUCAUGGAUCAUUACAUCGGUGUCCCCGUCGAUCUGAGCCAGAUAUUGUUUAUCUGUACGUCCAAUAACCUUGAGAUCAUAUCAGGGCCAUUAUUGGACAGAUGUGAGGUUGUCGUUUUACCCGGUUACACGUACGACGAGAAAAACCACAUUGCCCACCGGUUCCUUCUUCCCAAACAAGUCAAAGCCAACGGCAUGGAGACACCUCCCACACAAUCUCCACUCGUGGACAUCACCGAAGAUGCUUUCCGCACCGUGGCCAUGCGGUAUACCAGAGAAGCCGGUGUUCGUACGUUAGAGCGCCAUAUCGGUGCGAUUGUCAGGUACAAGGCCGUCGAAUGGGCUGAAGCGAUGGAGACGCAUGAGGAUGAAGGGUACCAUGGCCCCGAGUCCGAUUACUCAGACCCCAAUGCGCUUAUGAAAGCCACCCAUUCCACCCGGUCUUAUAACCCUGUGGUGACCGAAGCAGACCUCGAGACUAUCCUAGGCAUUGCACGAUGGGAUGAGGAAGAGGAAGGCAAGGAUUCUCGUAUCUUGAGGAAGGGUGUUGUCUACGGGCUUGUGGUAAUGGGCCAAGGUGAAGGUGGAAUUUUACCGGUUGAGGCUGUCUCUGUUCCGAAUGAGGGAAAAGAAGGCGGAAGGUUGAAGUUGACUGGUAGUUUAGGAGAUGUUAUCAAGGAGAGUGCUGAGUUGGCGUUGAGCUGGGUCAAGAUGCGAGCUUGGGAGUCUGGAAUCAGCGUUGGAUUUGGAGGAGACAUACACGUGCAUCUACCCGCUGGUGCGCAGAAGAAGGAUGGGCCUAGCGCUGGGGUUACGAUGACAUGCGCACUGGUAUCGCUAUUGACAGGUGCUUGCGUACCUACCGAUAUUGCCAUGACCGGAGAAAUAACUCUCCGAGGGCGUGUAACACCCGUAGGUGGCAUCAAAGAAAAAGUUCUUGGUGCUCACCGUGCGCAAAUGCGGAAGCUCAUCCUUCCAUACGGGAACAGGAAAGACGUUGACCAGGACGUUGCUCCCGAGAUUCGAAGACAGAUGGAGUUUGUCUUUGUCCGAACAUUGGAGGAGACCCUUGAAGCCGCAUUUGGAAAGGGUGUAUUGUUCGGAAUGGGCUGGGGAAGGAGCGCAAGAGAUGGACAAAGGGUAAGACUGCACGUCGAGAGCCGUCUCUAACGACAGGUGUUUUUUUCUUCUGUUUUGAUAGCAUAUCUUUUGUACCAGAUCUGUAACAUGCGAUUUUUCCAGGUGUAUGUAGUCUUGAAGUUCGUAUUUGGCCAUCAAAGUUGUUAGCUAUCGCACACUCUGGCAACAUUUCUUUUCUAACGACUAACGAUGUCUUUCAUUUUGUAGCAUUUUUGUAGCACACAUUUCAAUCACACAAUACCACAUCUACAUAUCGUGAAUACAGGUUGGUGUUCAGACACGUUUGAUGUUUACCAUGGCCAGUGUCAGCGAUUCU